AUGAACAACGAACAAGACGACAAUAUUAACGAAUUUCUCGAGGAGAUCCAAAAUCGCCGGAAGCUCCCACGGUCAUUGCCCCAAGCAUUGAAGAAUUUACAGGAGGCUGAUGAAGUCACGACGGAGAGAAUCUUUUACGACUACGGCGGCGUGCCUGCCUGGACAGCAUAUGUCCUGGUAAAAAGAGCGACGGAAUCUACUGGCCACGUCUCGGGCAGAGGAAAACGCCGACGUCUUCUAGACCGUAUAGAAGAGCAAAGCAUCGAAUCACGACAGUCACUAGCAGAACGACUUGGCGCACGAAUAGAGCCUGUACAGCAGCAGCGCUUCCAGCGGGCAUCUCAACCUGCAAGCAGCAGCAGAGGCAAUGAAAGGGAACUCCUCUGCGCAGAGGGCACCGGAGACGAUCAACUAGCACGGGAGAGCUCACAACAGAGCGAGAUACGAAGUACAGGCCCAGACUCUACAACGAGCCAGUUGACUCCGCAACAGACCCCCCGACUUGUACCAUUUGCAACGACACACGGCUUUACCUCCUCUAUAUCCGCAUCGACGAGCGCUGGCGUCCUGAAUCCAAUCGAAUUUUUCUCCGAAGAACGACAUGUCCUCAAAUAUGCCUCCAUCGCAGAAUGUGCCUCUAUCUUCCCUCCAUAUCUCGCGAGGGCUAUUGUCAGGCGGACUUUACCUCACAACUCUGGCACAUUAGGAGCGGCAAUUUCAAUGGCACUUCCUUUUCAAGGCUUUACGAAGUGUCUGGUCAGGAUAGAGGUCACAAGUAGCAAGGUUGAGCAUAUUGCCCAAGAGUUGUUUGGUGCACAGCUUGAGACGGAGCAUGGUGUUCGGUAUCUAUAUCAGCCAAAUGGCCAAAAGAUUACUCCCUACCCGCGCCUCCUCCUCCGAGAGUGCCGCCUUGAUAAUAUCGGUAGCUUUUUUGGCUCGGAGCUUGCGGAUGCAAUUUUCGCCACUCCAGUCUACCAGAUGGAUAUCCAGAAAAGAAAUGGAUAUACGAGUUGUGUUUCAAUGGCAAUUUCUUCUGUGGCGGAUGAGAGCGCGGAUAUCUUCAUAUUGUUGUGGCCAAAGGAAGGCAUGGCGCUUCGAGAUAGACUGUAUACCUAG